AUGGGGCCGGGCUGGCUGCCGCCCGUGCUGGGCCUGGCGCUGGUGCUGGCUGAGGGGUCCCAGGCACAGGAGCAGCUCCCUAGGGCAUCCCACAACCUCAAUUGGAGCAAGUUUUCAGGGUUCUGGUACAUUCUCGCCGUUGCCUCCGAGGCCCGGGGGCUCCUGCCAGGCCGAGACAAGAGGAAGCUGGGGGCUUCGGUGGUGAGGGUUCAGAAACCCGGGCAGCUGAAGGUGGUCCUUGCCUUUAACCGGUCCCAGGGGUGCCAGGCGCACUCGUUGAUCCUGCGGCGAGAUGGCAAGAAAGCGGUGUUCAGGAACGCCCCAAGGGGCGUGGAGGGCUUCCGCGUGCUGUCCACCGACUACAGCGCCGGCGUGGUUGACCUGCGCCUGGGCCGGGCCGGCCGGGCCACCAAGACGCUGCUGCUCUUCAGCAGACGGGACACGUCCAGCUUCCUGAGCCUGAAAAAGUUUGCGGACAUGUGCAGGGUGCUGGAGCUCAGCGACGCGCUGACCAUCCUCCCCAAAGACGCCUCCUGUGCGCACACCAUCCUGCCCUGA